AACGUGCAGAAGCGACUGCGCGAUUUGCGCGAUAAACUGCGAGAGUUCGACGACCCUUUUUGCACACGGCACGAUGCUCACAUGCUUCAGGUGGCACACAAGAUGGCGUGGUUAGGCCGACCUCUGAAAUGGCCAGACCCACAGCUACCAUCCCAACAGCCUGUGUUUGGACCACCUCGAAAGAUUAGUGCUCUGAUAUUGGGUGACUCCCUUACUAAAUACUUGCGGGAGAACUUUGACAGUUGCCUGUUGAGCCCAGACGUGCACACUCGUCGAGGGGCAACUGUGCAAAUUCUUCGUCAGUAUGUUAUUAAUAACGCCCAUCAGUUGCAUACUGCUGACGUUAUAUUUUUGCAUGUCGGAACAAAUAACCUUGAACAGGGCUUCCUUCACAGCAACAUCCAAGCCUACAGGAGACUACUUACCACUGUAAGGGAAAACUUCCCCCUUACUGAGAUAGUGGUAAGUGGUAUUUUACCCCGUUCAGAUGAUAGCCGACUUAAUCUAUCUCGGGUAAUGCACAAUAUUAAGCUGGCCAAUAUUUGUCACAAUUUUUCACAUUGCAAGUUUUUAGAUUUCAGUGACAUGUUCCAUGAAUGCCAUCUUGCUAAAGAUGGACUUCAUCUUAACUGGGACGGAAAUUACCUCUUCAGCCGGCUUAUACAGAAGCAAUUAGAGAAAAUGUCAAAACCCAUAGACCCUCGUGGUACACCCCAACCCCAUUGUCCACAUGAGCUGAAGAAACUGGUCCGAACACCGAGGAAGAAAAUCUCAGCGAAAUGCCCAAAGACCAAGCGGUGCAUUGACAUCCCAAAGCCUCCCACAAGUUCCAGUACAACCUCAAAGACAUCGGACACCACUAAGCCUCCUCCUUCUGUCACAACCAAGCCUCCCAAAAUGUCAAGAAAACAGAGGAAGUCAAGACAAGUCAUCGAGGACAGAGAAGGUUUUUUGCAGCUUGGGAGGAGUUUGUCUAGUACCAAACCAGUGAUGUACUUCAUCAAACCUUAUGUGGCUAUGGCCACAAUACGGUAUGAGGAGGUCAACAGCAAUUUUCACCAUUCUCGAGGUGCUUCACACCAACAAGUGCGCCUUCCGAAGGCAGAGACACCUUAUGUUGCAUCACGCAAGCAAGGGAAGAGGCGACGCAAAAGAAAAAAGCAAAUCGUGAAAAGACGGAGGCGGCGAAAAUGGAAGGUACCUUGGGAGGCUUCAGUCAAGUUUUCCUGGAGGAAUGAUGGGCAAAUGGACAACAACAAAACAGGAAGCCAAGGAGGUAACAAUAUGUCAUUGCAGGGGUGAAGCAAUCUCAAGGGGGUUCAAAACGAGCUCGACCCCCUUGUCAGAAAGUUGAGUGUGGUCCGUGCCAAAUUUGCUCAAGAUCCAGUACAAAAUGGACCCAUCUUAGCAUCUUGAGCAACUCAAAGGUUAAACAAUAUUUUAGAACUUACUUGCCACAUUUGAGUGAGGAUGGUUGCAUUUGUAAUGCAUGCAGGCACAAAUUUACAAAAAAAAGUAACAAUCCAGUCUAUACGCCAGAAAAAACAAGAUCUAAGCAAAGACCUCUUUGUUACCUUAACAAAUAUGACAUGUGUUCAACAGUUUCAGUGGCAGAUAGCUCUAUUUCUUUGGAAACUUUUCAAUCCUGUUUUCCAACCAUUGACUGUUUAUUUAUACCAAGCUGUGUUUCUUUGUGCAGUUUACACAAAUCUUUCAUAUACAACAUUCAGUCAAAUGCAAAGUGUGUGGUUUGUGGUGUCAUUCUGGUUAAUUGUAGAAGGUAUGCAUGUACAAAUCUGGAUAUUAACAAUGCAUAUCUGCAACUAAAUAUUUCAAUUGACGAGGUAACAAUUACUACUUUCAGUUCUCUUUGCUUUACUUGCUAUUCUGUGGCUAAAAGGAAAGUAGUACCUGUUACACGUUUGGAGGAUGUUGAGUUAAGUUUAGAGAGUCAUAAAGAAAUGUCACACACAAGAACAGCACUUUGCAUGACCUGUAAGGAAAUUUGUAAGCUAUGCAACAGUCAUGAGGCGUUUCUUCUUGCAGACAUGUACGAUUUAUUUGUAUCUUUACUAAAACUCAAAUGUGGUGAGGCAAGUUGUCUUGAAUCAUGUAAGCGAAGUUCUAGAUGGUUGUUGUCUGGAAUUUUUGAGAUAUUUGGGGACUUGAUAGAAGUGCACAAGAUGUCUACACGUAAAUACAGCACUUUAUUACUUUACAAGGACCUUAAUUUCAGAAAGGCCUUGCAUUUGUCAUGUGCCAAAUUACGGUAUCAUUCUAAAAGAAGUGGGGAUGAGAUGUUCUCUGAAGAUUUUAAACCCACAUUAAAUUCUGAAAGAGAUAUCAAUAAGAUGGCUCUUUAUUUCCUGCCUCAUAUAAAUAGAAAACUCAAGCACCAAUCUGGAGAGAUCACUAAACACUACACACAAAAUCUAAUGGAAACUGGCUCUUUUAACUUUGAUUCCCUGUUCGACAUGAUUGACCCAGAAGUGUGGAAUACUGUUUCUUUGUUGACUGCAAACAACGAUGAGUUAAAAUAUUUCAGUGAAUGUGGAUCAUUGUUUGGAAAUGGCAAGCUUGUUUUCCCAAGCUACUCAAAACCACAUGGAAGACAGCGACGCAACAGAAGAAUAAUUCUCAUUAUGGUUAUGCAGUUCACUUACAAUGAAUCCAACAACUAUCCAUUUCAUAUUGUCAUUGCAAAUUGUGUGAAACGACUUUCACAUUCAUCAAAACUAAUUAAAUUGUUGAAUCAGUCUGGCUUCUGCACUUCUGAAGACACUUUAGAUAGAUUCUUAGAAACCAUAAAACAGCUUCGCCAACAGUCGGGUUUACUUUCUACACUAGAAUCCAAUACUUUUACCAUAGUAAGUGUUGAUAAUAUUGAUGUUCUUGCUAGCAGUGCUGCAGUCACAUCACAGGGUUUAGGAAGAAGUUGGCAUGGAACAUCGGUCAUGGCACAACAGCCAAAACCCUUGACAGAAAAACUCUCCCCCACUGGAGAACUGAUUGACAUUAUUGGACAAAAAUCUUCUCCAAUAACCUCUGACUUUCAAACUGUACAAGUAUAUGGAGAUGGGCGUUGCCUGUACAGAUGCAUUGCAUCUUACAGCAAUUCCAAUAUACUACUUUGUAAACGGAAUGAGGUUGGUAUACCUGUUGAUCAAACUAUGUUCCAUUUAGAGCAGCAAUUUGCAGAUUACUUCAGAUAUUCUGUUUGUCAACAUUUAGAACAACAUCUCGAACUUUUAGAAGAACUUCCAGAGGGAAUUAAACAGGUGCUUUUGGAAUCUUCAAAUGAUCAAUUUUAUUCUUCAUUUUCUGAAAAAGUUGCUGAUGGCAGAAACUCUGGCACCUAUGCUGGUCAUUUGGAGAUGUGUUCUCUAGCAUGUGUAUUACGUACAGAUAUAUGUGUUUAUCAGAAAACUGUCCACGGUCUGACACUAGUUGCAAGAUAUCCCACUAAGCCAAUGUCCAUGUAUCACAUCUGUUUACUGUACCGUCCCGGAUCAAAUGCUAUUACAAGUCAUUUUGAUUUAAUGUAUCAUGGUAGUUGUCGACCAAACUGCCAACUUCUACUUGAUACAAAUGACACAACAUUCAAUAAAUGGCAUGAUGGAGUAAAAGGUUUUGGAGGUUUGAUAAAACCAAAUUUACUAGAUUUUGUUUCGGGUAGUCCACAAGAAGCUAUCCAGAGGACAUGUGAUGACAGGCAAUUGCAUCCUCAGGCUUCUGCUGAUGGUGAGGAAACGAGUAGUUCAUCUGAACGUUAUUUUACACCAUCAUUGAUCAUGGACGCACCCAAAAAACCUUCAGUAAGAAGAAAACUUAGCCCAUCAAAUCUCAACGUUCCUGAAAAAGGACAUUUUGCUACCCCAUUUUUCAAAACUUUCAUUCGUCAACAGUUGUCAGUGAGUACUUUUUUUCCAUCUGGCGAAGAAAAGCUUCAGCAGAAGCAACUUCACUAUGACAUGUUUAUGCACAUUUCAGAAAGAUACGUUUCUGUUGUUGAUGUAACAAAACAUACUGUCCCUGGACUGAAGUGUAACAUGUUACUGCAUUCAAAGGCCCGAUGUGAAAAAUCAAAGUUUUCUUACAUUUAUGUACUCAAUGAGAAAGCUGACUGUGCUCAAACUGUAAAAUCGGUCAUUGGUCUUCUGUAUGACCUUUUCAAAAUUUCAAAAUCCAUUAACCACCUCGUUAUUGCAGGUGAUGGUGCAACAGUUAAGAUAUUGUUGGAUGUAAAGAAAGAAUAUGGUGAAGUAUUGGACUGGGUUAUACCCUAUUUAGGUGAUUGGCAUGUAUUGAAGAACUUUCAAGAAGUUGUAAUGAAAGUGUUUUGGGAUGCCGGCUUAAAGGACAUCGCCAAGUUAACCCACAAAAAUAGUACCUUGAACAAUUUGAAAACUUGCAGUAAUUUCAAAAGAACACAUAGGUUUCUAUUACAAGUUUAUGAGGCAAUUUAUGUUCAUCAAUUCAAGUGUUUUCUGGAUUGUAGAGAUGGAAAAGAUGAAAGUUCCAUCUCUAAUGAAGCUUUCCAUAAAAUUGUCACAAACGUUGUGGAGCAAGUGCAUAUUCAAGGUGAUUUCUGUGAUUAUUUUGAUAUUGAGGAGUUUGUGUCUAAGGUACAUAUGCCACUUCAUGGGUGUCUACCAACUUUGCUUGAUGAAUUCAAUGAAUUUUGUAUCAAAAUGGCUGAGAAGUAUGAAACUUUCAAAUUUUGGAAUAGGUUUCUGAAAGAAGAUUGUUUCUGCUAUAUUCAGUUGUGGAUAGCCAUGCGAACGGGUAAUUGGAAUUUGCGUCUAGGUGCCCUAAAAGAAAUGGGUCCUUUAUUCCAUGCCUUUGAUAGGCAGAACUACUCUAAAAUGAUUCCAAUUCACCUGAGUCAAAUGCAUGGCUUACCAACCUACAUAUUAGACCAUUUCAGAAACGGGGCGUUUGUUUCUAGUAUACGUGGAUUUAACUUUUCAUCUGUUGGGAUAGAUGAAGCUCAUGAAAUGCUGAUUAACAAAGACUGUAAAAUGGCACUGUCUAGAAGCUUACCAACAAACAUGGAAAAAAUUUCCGGAACCUUGGAGUUUCAGGCUCAACUCCUUGACAACUUUCAAAGUCAAUUGUCUGAUUCUAUUUUUAAACCUCUUCAGAGAGAUUUUGCUCCAUCUGUCAUAAUGUCUGAAUUACAAAAUGUUAAGGCAUAUUUUUCAAAGGUUUCCAGUUGUUCUAUGUUCAGUGAAGAUCAAGCACAUACUCUUUACCACCCUUUUGAACACACACCUGCCUCUGCAGUUCAACAGAAAGCUCUACUAUCAUACAGAGAGGUUGGAAACUCAUCUUACGACACUUACGUGCGAUUUAAUAUUUUGAAUGAAACCAGCACUGCCAAACCUGUCAUUAGAAAGCAUAGGCUGAAAACAUUUGCCAAAGACAAAGUAACGAAGAGAACGAUAAAUUACUUAGAAAAGGAAAAAAAAAUGAUUACUCUUUGUUACAAAAGAACAAUCUCAUUUUCUGAACAGCACAACCAGCCUAUUCAUCAGCUUUUCCAAUUUAUUGAAACUCCUCGAGCACUAUGUACUCCUUCAGGCUUGCCGAGCAAAGGGGCUAAGUAUAUUAUGUAUAACCUCUUUGGCAAGAGAUAUUCACAAUCAUUUUCACCUAUCACAGAGAACCACACUUUCCCACCUGGGACCUGUCUAAUUGCAGAAGGAAUGAACAUCAUAUACAUUAAUCCACUGCCUGGUUUUAGAUGUUUUGCAGAAUAUGCUUCGCUCAUUGUGUCAAGAUGGGUAACACCCUUUUUCAAAAAAAAGUAUAAGGAAGUACGAAUUCUCUUUGACCAGGUUUGCUCGCAAGGAAUCUCUCCAAAGGGCUUUGAGAGAGAACGACGAGAUGCUGGCCAAGAUGACGAUAUUGAAGUGUUUGAUUCAAUAACUGAUCAAACACCUCUGCCUCAAAAUUGGUCAAAAUUUCUCAAAGUGCGAACAAAUAAACGAAAGUUAUGCCAAUAUCUGUCUAAUAAGUUAAUAGACAUUGUUUCAGCAUCUUUUCAAACAACAGAUCAAAAGUUUGUCACUUCUGGAGGUUUUCUGUCCAAUGCCCCCGAAAGAACAGAAUGGACAGGCAAAUGUGUUACCUUGGCUGGCAUAUCAUCACACAGUAUCAUUCAUAAUCAUGAAGAAAGUGAUACCCAAAUAUGGUUACAUGUUAAUGAUACAUCAUGCUCAUAUGUUCAUGUUUACUCUGUAGACAGGGAUGUAGGCAUGAUAGGUUUGCCGUUAUCUUUUGAGGGUAAAAUAAUAACAAUUCAGUACAAGGCAUCUGGAACUGAUGACAAAUAUCUAAACCUAAACAUACUGAGAACUGCAUUAAGCAGAGAUUCAGAUCUGGCCCCACUAGUGAAGCAUGGUUGCGAUGUUCACAAAAUAAUGCAAAUGCUAUAUAUUUGCACUGGCUGUGAUUUUGUAUCUUACUUUGCAAGACUUGGAAAGACAACAUUCCUGAAAGUGUUUCUUCAGUUUGCAGAAUUUAUUUCAGGAAGUAGUUCUACUCAAACUGAUGGCCAGUUGUGUUUUGAUGAUGUACAAUUUAACCAUGAUCGAGGGCUUCUUUCGUUUUAUCGAUUGGUUGGUUGUGUUUACUUCCAAGCCAACCGUGCAUCUUUGAAUCAACAUGCUAGUAAUCCUGUAGAACUAUUUGAUAGCAUUCAGUCAUCUUCCAUUGUAGAUCAUCAUUCAAAGUUUCUUUCCAUUAUCCGUAAAGCUUCUUGGCAAGGUGUUUAUGAAGACACUCUUCUUCCUUCCGACACUGCACUGUCUUUUCACUGGCUGAGGUCAUGUUGGGUGAGCCAUGUUUGGGGUAAAUCACUCCAACCAAUUUUUAAUUACCCUGACUUAAACUUAUAUGGAUGGGAGCACAUUCUUGAUUCUGGAGAGGUAACAAUUAAAUGGGA